GGGUUGAAGAAAAUAGUAGGAUUGGUUACACGGUAACUUCAAAUUUUGUUUGUUUGAAGAGUUCUGAAAGAAGGUGGAAGGAAGUUGAAGAAAAACACGGGACAGCGAGGCACAUGGCGAGCAAAUAGUUAUAUAAAUGGUUCUGCUUUGUUUAGUUUAGCCUCACACCCAAAUCUGACUUAUUGGAUGGUCCCUUCAACCUCGGCCUUUCACUUUCUCUUCCUCUUCCACUCACAUUCACAUUCACAUUCCAUGCCAGUGUUUUAGGCAACAUCCAUUUUAUCUCUUCAUCUUCUUUCAACUAGACAGAGAGCCAGAACCAGAGUCAGAGAAAAACAGAACAGAGUAAAAGGAUAAUUAAUUAGUGGAAUAUUGCUUGGAUCAUGAAGCAUAAAGAUGGAAAACCGAUCAACCAGCCAAACAAGAACAGAUCUUUGACUUUGGCAAUAACGUUUAUUGCUCUAUGUGGUUUUUCUUUCUAUCUGGGAGGAAUCUUUUGUUCUGGGAAGGAUGGAGUUGUUGUCAAUACCAUUCAGAAGACCGUUGAUUCUCCCAAGCAAUCCUCAGGUUCUUUGCAAAUUAAGCCCAUCAGUUUCCCCGAAUGCGGCAUGGACUAUCAAGACUACACACCAUGCACAGAUCCAAAGAGAUGGAGAAAGUACGGCACGUAUCGGCUUACUUUGUUGGAACGCCAUUGCCCUCCAAUUUUUGAGAGGAAAGAAUGCUUAGUUCCUCCCCCUGAUGGAUACAAGCCUCCAAUCAGAUGGCCAAAGAGUAGAGAUGAAUGUUGGUACAGGAAUGUUCCAUAUGAUUGGAUUAACACACAGAAGUCUAAUCAGCAUUGGUUGAAAAAGGAAGGGGAAAAAUUCCUAUUUCCAGGUGGUGGUACUAUGUUUCCUAAUGGUGUUGGUGAAUAUGUUGAUUUAAUGCAAGAUCUGAUCCCAGGAAUUAAAAAUGGGAUGGUGAGAACUGCCAUUGAUACUGGCUGUGGGGUUGCUAGUUGGGGUGGUGACUUGUUGGAUCGUGGGGUUCUAACUGUUUCUCUUGCCCCAAGAGAUAACCAUGAAGCUCAGGUUCAAUUUGCUCUGGAGCGUGGUAUCCCAGCCAUUCUCGGCGUCAUUUCUACACAAAGACUUCCUUUCCCAUCAAACUCCUUUGAUAUGGCUCAUUGCUCCAGAUGCCUUAUCCCAUGGACAGAAUUUGGUGGAAUUUAUCUAUUUGAGAUACACCGUAUUCUUCGUCCCGGAGGAUUUUGGGUUUUGUCUGGUCCACCAGUCAACUAUGAGCGAAGGUGGCGUGGAUGGAACACAACUGUGGAAGAGCAAAGAUCAGACUAUGAGAAGUUGCAGGAUUUGCUUACUUCAAUGUGCUUUAAAUUGUACAAUAAAAAGGAUGAUAUUGCUGUAUGGCAAAAGGCUAAAGACAACAGUUGCUAUGAUAAACUGGCUAGAGAGAGCUAUCCACCAAAGUGUGAUGACAGCCUUGAACCAGAUUCAGGAUGGUACACUCCACUCCGUGCUUGUUUCGUGGUUCCAGAUCCCAAGUACAAGAAAUCAGGUCUCACAUACAUGCCUAAGUGGCCUGAAAGGUUGCAUUCUACACCUGAAAGGGUCACAUCUGUUCAUGGUGCUAGUACCAGUACUUUUAGUCAUGAUAAUGGCAAGUGGAAAAAGCGAAUUCAGCACUACAAGAAGUUGCUGCCUGACCUUGGAACUGACAAGAUAAGAAAUGUCAUGGACAUGAACACAGUUUAUGGAGGUUUUGCUGCAUCUUUGAUCAAUGAUCCCUUGUGGGUCAUGAAUGUGGUCUCAUCUUAUGGUCCAAAUACACUCCCCGUGGUUUUUGAUCGAGGCCUUAUUGGAACCUUCCAUGACUGGUGUGAAGCUUUUUCUACCUAUCCUAGAACAUAUGAUCUCCUUCAUCUUGAUGGACUCUUCACGUCAGAAAGUCACAGAUGUGAAAUGAAGUAUGUGUUGUUGGAAAUGGACCGAAUUCUAAGACCUGGUGGGUAUGCUAUCAUUCGAGAGAGUACUUAUUUUGUUGAUGCCAUUACAACCAUUGCCAAGGGAAUGAGAUGGGGAUGUCGCAAAGAAAACACCGAGUAUGGUGUUGGCAAAGAGAAGAUUUUGAUAUGCCAGAAAAAGCUAUGGCAGUCAUCAAACAAAGGUUCAAGAUGACAAACUCUGAAAUCUGUUCAGUGGUGAGCAGGGGUGACUAGAAUCGUAAUUCCAAAGGCAGAAACAAAGGGAAACGAAUUCAGAACCCCUCUCAACAAAGAUUGAUUCAUUCUAUGAUAUAGACGCCAAGAAUAUGUAGAAGUUUAAAUUUUUCAAGUGAAGAAUUGGUAACUCAAUAAUCUGAUUUUGUUAAGUUAUAUAGAAAUUUUUCAUAUAGAUAAUAUUCUUUAUAAGGCAUCAAUUGUAUCAGGUACCCCCUCACGUUUGUCUAUUUUUUUGUUGUGUGAUAUCCAUGUCACGAAAUGAGAGUUUUAAAUCCUACACAAAGCAUAUGAUAUGCUAUCUACUAGAGGAUGAUACGUUCUCUAUCACUGUUACAUUAAUACAGUAGAGAAAUGCUUGUAAUAUAUUUUUUAGUUAUUAGUUAAAAUUUAUUAAAAAUUAUGCAAAUUUUGUUU